AUGCCCUCUUUGUCCCAACCAUUCAGGCUAGCAACCCUUCCGAAAAUUGCCUCUUUGAGCAAUUUCUCUUUGCAAGCGGAUUAUGUUCAAGUUGCAGACGGCCCUUUCAAUGAAUUCACAAACAACAUAACAUUAGGUAUAUCCGGAUCAUCCAUAUCUCAGUAUAUUAUCAAUCCUACACCAAAGCUUACAUUUGACUACCCAAUACCUUCUACAAACAUUAUCACUGCAUGCAAUGCUGUAAAAGGCCAAGUUGAAAUUGAAAAUGAUACCAAAAUUAACAACAACGACAAAAACGAAGUUGCCGACUUUCAAUCAAAGAGAGAUGUUGAAAUCUGGUCUUUUGGGCUAAUGGUAAAUAAAGGUAAUUACACAUUGAAUGUCAUCACCAAAGCGGUAGAGGAUAAUGAUAUCUCCGCUGAGCACUUGACUGAGGAUGGCACUGACAAGAAAGCUUAUACAGGUACGGACGACCUCUUAUCUCAGUAUAAGAUUAAAACGAAAGAUAAGGUUAUGAACAUUAAAAUCGAUGCUAAAAAUAGCUUAAUAAUUGCCGUGUUACAGAAUGGGCUAGUUGAAUUUUAUGAUUUCAAACUAAAGCUUUUAUACUCUUUUGACAUCUCAUAUGGUAACUUGAAAUAUGCCAAAUGGUUCACUGAAAAUGGCACGGAAUUUGUGUUCGUUUUGUGUCCAUUAGAGGAUGAUAAAGUCUGUUAUAAAUUAUUCGAACUAUCAGAUUUUGAAAACAAAGAAAGUUCACCCAUUAAAGAGCUAUCAUCUACAAUUAUUGAGGGAUUUUCUUUUGAAAAUUCUAAAUUCUGUUACCAGUUCGGUAAGCUUUACAAAUUGAAUCAAGGUAAAAUAUUCGUUUACUCCCUACCACAUUGCCAGUUACAACAGAUUAUUGAUGUCCCAUUAAUCAAUAAACCCACUACCGAAGAUGAUUUGAUUUCUUUUCAGCCUGUUUCGGUAAACAGGAUUUUAUUGACCGUGAAUAACAUCGUCUACUUGCUUGACUUAUUACACUGCUCUAUUCUAUACCAGAGAGAAUUAACUCAUGUGAGAACCUUCCAACUGUUGAGAUCCGCGGUGAUUGACUCAGAGAAAUCACAGAAUUCAAAAACCAUAGCAAUUGGUAUUUCAACCAAGAAUGGUCCAAACCCAACAUCCUCCCUAGAAAUUAUCAAUAUUGAUGUCGGAACCAAUACACUAAAAGAUUCCUUGGGUAAAAGUUUCCAAAUUGGCAAAAAUGAUACCUCCUCUGUUGUUUUGAAACCACUAUUUGAUGAUGAAAACGUUGUUGACAAUAUGGUGAAACGUAACGACAUUGAUGGGAAUAUUAGUGUCCCCGCCUUCCAGUAUGACGAGAUUAUCAGAAAAAUUUCUGCUCUCAAAAUCAAUGAUGUCGCUUCAUUUGAUGACAUCUUUUUUAAAGAUCUGAACGUAAAGGAGGAGCAUUACACUGAAAAGGAUAGAUUUAUUUCUGAUUCUGAAUUUCUGAAUAAAAUUUUAGACUUAAUUUUCGAGAAAUUCAAUGGAAAUGAUUAUCCAAAGGCUCUAACAUUUUUACUUACCCAUCCGCUGUUUCCAUUGAACCGUACACAUAACUUGCUAUCCCGUUUAAGAGACCAACCAAGGCUGUUCAAACAGGCGAUCGUAACAUGUCCAAAUCUACCAUUGAAUGAAUUACUUGAGGAAUUAUUUUCCAUAAGAAACAAAGAAUUAUUACUGGAUAUCUCAUUUAGAAUACUUCAAGAUUUCACAAGGGAUUCAAUCAAACAAGAAAUGAAAAAUUUAAGCAAACUAGAUAUCCAAAACUUUAUCGACUUCGUAACAAAUACUGAUGAAGAUAGCUCACUAGAAAAUCUCAACCACAGUCAAAGCUCUCAGUUAUUUCAACUUUUGUCACUAGUUCUGGAUUCCAUUGGGCUAUUUUCAUUAGAAGGUACCCUCUUGGAUAAUCUAGCAUCGUAUAUCGAUAAGCAAGUGGAAAUUGCUGAAAGAAACACAGAAUUAUGGAAUCUGGUUGAAACAAGGGGUUCUCAACAUGGGUUUACUAAUAUGAACUCUGAUAGUACAACUUCUCAAAAACAAGCCUUGCCAACUUACACUAUGGAAUAUUUGGACAUUUGA